AUCGAAUUAUAUUUGAACGAUAAAAUGACAUAUUUUUAUUGUAAUUUUCUUAAAGUAUAGUAUAUGCUUUGGAAAGUAUGCAUAUUUAUUUAAAAAGUAUGAUCGGUUAUGAUUGAGAAACACUAAUUACAUAUCUUAGAAUCAUAUUCAUAAUUUCUCUCCAACAAUUAAGUAAAAGCAAAUUACGAGUAGCAUUGCCCUUGUUUCUUAUGGGUUUGAUUGAAAAUAAAUUAAUUCAAAAUUAAAUAUACUUUUCUUUCACUAUUUUUACUUCAACCCCUAUAGUAAGUCAAAAUAUUCCCAAAACCCAUACCAUUUUUACUUCCCUUACCGCGUUUUCCCGCAGGACCCAAAAAGGCCAAAAACUCGUCGCAAAACACCAUUGUACCUCCCGCACCCCCAGUUGUACAUUUCCUUACGUGUUCAUCACCACCGCCAUUGAUAUACACCUCCGCCUAAAGAAAUUUCCAUAUUUUUCCCACCCAAAAUCUCUCUCCCACAAAACCCUUUUCCUUUUAAGAUCUCUCGAUUUCGCAAUGCAAUCACAGUUGAUCCGUCUGUUGAGGAAGGAGUAUACUUCAUCCCCAAUCUGACAAUUGCAGCGAGCAUGGGUUGCGGCGGGUCAAAGGCGGAGGAUCUGCCGCUGGUGGUCCGCUGCCGCGAGCGGCGGGACCUCAUACGCGCCGCCGCCAACCACCGUUACGCUCUCGCGGCCGCCCACAUCUCCUACUUCCGGUCGCUCAGGGACGUCGGCGAUGCUCUCCGGAGAUUCGUUGACGAGGAGCUGGUCACCGCCGCGUCGUCUUCCAACUCAUCCUUCUCCUCGCCGUCCCUGACGCUGCCCAGAGAUUCCAAGCAGAAGCACGGCAAUGCGGAUGAAUCUUCUAGGCAUCUGCGCGACUUCGACGAAGAGGAUGAAGAUGAUGACGAGUCGCACUUGCAUAUUUCGGAUUCCUCCUCAGACGCGGAUUUUGACGAUGACUACUUGCAUCACCAUCAUCAUCCUCCUCCCAACAAUCACUAUCCUCCGCAACAUAAGCACCAGCAGCAGCAGCACGAAUCGGAGGAAAAUGCGCAUCUACACCACAACCACAAGCAUCAAGCCCACAAGGGGAAAAAAAAGGGCUCUGACAGCGAGUCUAGCCAUUUUCACAGCGAGGAGGAAAGCUCUCCUCAUUACCCUCGAGCUGGCUUCCAUGGCUAUGGCAACAACCAGGACCGUGAGCCGGAAACUUCCUUUCAUUAUCCUGGAGGAGCUAAUUUCCGUGGAUACGGGUCUGGAUUUGGAGAUGGCUAUGGCAAUGACCCGUUUUCAGAUCUCCCGCACUCUCAUUCGUUUCAUUAUCCUCCGCAGCAGGCGUCCACCUCAUACGGUGCACCCUAUAUGGACCAGUGGGACCAAACGGCUGCACCGCCACCUUGGUACUACUCGAAUAAUACGAACGUGUUCUACAUGAAGAAGGGAGCCCCAGCAGCCCAGACAGUUGUUCACGUGCCUCCUCCUGAGCCAGCUCAAGGGUACUCUGACUUGUACUGGAAUCCGGCUUAUGGGAAUCUUGGCUAUGGUGCCAAUUAUGGGUAUGCUGCUGUAGGAAUGAGAAACAAUGAAGCUGGCAGAGAAAGUCGGCAGAAGGAGGCCCCGCCUCCCCCUUCCCCGAAGGCUUCCGGAUGGGAUUUCUUCAACCCGUUUAACGGUCUUGAAAACGGUUUUGAAAACGGGUAUGAGGAUUUAUACUCGGGGAAAAGAUAUGGGUACAGGUCGAGCUCCAGCAGUCCUGACUCGGCCGAGGUGAGGGAGAGGGAGGGGAUUCCUGAUCUGGAGGAGGAAACCGAAAGCGAGGUGUAUAAUAAUAAAGAGGUUCUCAAGGGUAAUAAUAAAAUGAAAGAUAAGGGUAAGGGUAAGAGUGUUGAAAAUAGUUCAAGAUCUAUGCCGCAUCAAGGAGGUGAGAGCAGUUUAGGAAAAGAACCAUUCCGUAAAAGUGAGGGCAGGCCGAAACCCGUGCCAGUGCAUAAUAGCAAGAGCAGCUCGAGAUCAGUGCCCUCGUCGAGUAGUUUGGAGAGUGAGAAUGAUAAAAAGUUCGUGCCAUUACAGCAGAAAAAGGGUAGUGCAAAGCUGUCUAUGCCCUCUGAGUUUAGUGACAAGAGUGGGAAAAAACCAUCUGUUCCGCUGCCACAAUACAAAACGGGCAGUGAAAAGAAUUCUAUACCCCCACAUUAUAGUGAGAAGAGUGUGAAAGUGAAACCGUCGAUUCCACUGCCGGAGGAUGAGGGCAGUUCGAGUAUAGAAAUGGAGGGAUCUAUUAGUAGUUCGUCAGACGAGAAUAGUAGUCGUAGUCCUGAGAAUGUGGUGUUGGAAAGGGUUGAUGAGGGUUUUGUAAGGAGGAAAGGGGUGAUUUUUGAGGUGGAGGAGGUGUCGAAGCAGGAUGGUGAGUCUUCAAAGCUGAGUAGCGUUACAUUGUUGUCACCUCGUGGGAACCGUGACUUGCGUGAGGUUGUGGCAGAGAUUAGGGACGAGUUUGAGAUGGCAGCUGCUUAUGGGAAGGAGGUGGCUGUGAUGCUCGAGGUCGGGAAAGUGCCAUAUCAGCCUAGCUUUCUGAAAGUUAGGAUCCUGGAGGAAGAUGGGGUUCAAACUAUAAUCCGCUCCCGGAUGUUGUAUUCACUAUCACCAUCCCUAUCAUCACGCGAUCCUCCAUCAUUAGAAUCUGCAAGAUUAGCUUCCAAGACAAUGAAGUUGGCAAAAUCUUACUUUGAUGAUGUCGGGCAGAAUGUAGACACAAAGGCAUGUAACCUCUCGUCCACUCUGGACAAGCUGUAUGCUUGGGAGAAAAAGUUAUACAAGGAAGUAAAGUUGAGAACUACUUGGACUAUAUGCAUCCACAAAUUGAUUCAAGUUGUUCUAAUGGACGAGAAAACUUACUGGCAUGUUGCAUGCAAUGGUGAUUAUUCAACUGAGAACAAUUCUUGGGAUAUCAUAAAGUUAAAUUUUACUGCCUCACAUAUUUAUGCAACUCCUCUCUUGCAAUUCAAACUUGCUAAAGUUUUGGAUGAAGAAAAACUCCGAGUCGUGUAUGAGAAGCAGUGCAAGAGGCUAAAAAUCUUAGAUGAGGAGGGAGCCGAGCCUAUCAAGAUUGAUGCCACUCGAGCUUCUAUAAGGAGAUUGCUAACAAAACUCGAUGUUAGCGUAAAAGCAAUUGAUGCUAUUUCAAUCAGGAUACACAAGCUAAGGGAUGAAGAAUUGCAACCUCAGGUUGCUGAAUUGAUUCACGGUUUUAUCCGUAUGUGGAAGUCGAUGCUCAAGUGCCACCAGAAGCAGUUCCAGGCUGUGAUGGACAGCAAGAUGCGUAGGCUGCGGGCCAACACCGCUUCCCAUUCGGGCCACGACCCAGCCUCGCGGGCCUCGGCCCGCCUCGAACGCGAGCUUCGGGCCUGGUGCUCCCGCUUCAACGACUGGAUCAAUUCCCAAAAGUCCUACGUCGAAUCACUCAACGGCUGGCUCCUCCACUGCCUCCACUACAAGCCCGAAGAGACCCCAGACGGGCCCAUUCCCUACUCUCCGGGCCGUUUGGGGGCCCCACCCAUAUUCGUUAUCUGCAAUGAUUGGGCCCAGGCUAUGCGGGCCGUCUCUGAGGCCCGAGUUGCAGAUGCCAUGAACACUUUUGCAGCCAGCCUCAGGCAGCUGUGGGAGAAGCAAGACGAGGAGGAUCGGCAGAGGGUAAAAGCGGAAUAUUUGUCGAAAGAUUACAAAAAACGGGUUGAAGAAGAGAAGAAAGGUCUGCGAAUGGUGGUACAGUCGGACAGUAGCAACAGUGGUGGUGGGGUCUCACGGUUAGACGAUCUGAAGGUGGAUCUCGACUCGAUGAAAGAGAGAGUGGCGGAGGAGAGAGUGAAGCAUAAGGAUGCUAUGAAAUUGGUGAACGAUGCGGCUUCUAGAAGCUUGCAGGGUGGGCUUGUGCCGAUUUUCAAGGCGUUGGAGAGUUUUACGAAGGAGGCUCUAAACGCGCACGAGCAUGUCCGGUUUGAGCGUCCUUCUGGGCCGGGCUCGUAACGGUGGGUUUUUUCGAACUCUGGAUGUGUAUAGGAGAAUUUUGUAGAUGAGGUUCUGAUUCUACUUUAGGUUAGCCCAAAAUAGGUAGAGAGAUUUUGUGUACAGGGAUUUCUAUAUUUAUUGAUUUUUAAUUUUAUACAUGGUUUUGAUUGGCUGAAUUUUGGUGGUUGUGGUUUAGUUUAUUUAUAGGAUGGAUAAUUUUUUGUUCGUUUCUGGGCAAUGGGGAAGUGACUCUUGUUGACUUGGGUGAAAUUAAUUUUGUUAUGACAGUAUAUAUGUUUCAAGAUUUUCUGUGUUAAUUUCUUUUUAA